AUGGCGGGCGAUCAGGUGGCCAAGCGGCAGAAGAUAUCCCAUCCAUCUCCUGGCCCAGCCUCUCCGUCAGGCGCAACCUCGUCCUCGAGUGGCUCGGAUGUUGAACAAGAGGAAACGACCACUGUUGGAGAUGUCCAGGCCACCAAGACCUUCAAGGACCUGGGAGUCGUCGACACCCUCGCCGAAGCAUGCGCAACGCUGAAAUACGAGCAUCCCACCCAAAUCCAGGCCGAAUCGAUCCCCGUCGCCCUUCAGGGCAGAGAUAUAGUCGGUCUCGCAGAAACAGGCUCCGGCAAGACCGCUGCGUUCGCAUUGCCCAUCCUGCAAUCGCUUCUCGACAAGCCGCAACCUUUCUAUUCCCUUGUUCUCGCUCCUACGCGUGAGCUGGCCUUCCAGAUCGGCAAGACUUUCGAGGCUUUGGGCGCAGUGAUAGCUUUGAAAGUAUGCACUAUUGUAGGAGGCAUGGACUUCACGCCGCAGCAGAUUGCCCUAGGGAAGAAGCCACACAUCAUAGUCGCCACUCCUGGCCGAAUCCUGGACCACAUGGAGCGGACCAAAGGCUUCAACCUGCGUAACCUGAAGUACCUGGUAUUAGACGAAGCCGACAGGCUGCUGGAGCUCGAGUUCGGUCCGGUCAUCGAGAAAAUCCUCAAAUUCCUGCCCCGCGAGCGCAAUACCUUCCUCUUCAGUGCGACGAUGAGCUCAAAAGUCGAGAGCCUACAGCGUGCGUCUCUUCGCGAGCCCGUUCGAAUCAGUGUCAAAGAUACCAAGUACCAGACGGUCAAGACUUUGAUUACGAACUACAUCUUCAUUCCCCACAAGCACAAGGACACCUACCUUAUCUACCUUCUGGCGAACGAGUUCACGGGCCGAUCGGCCGUCAUCUUCACACGGACUGUCAACGAGACGCAACGAGUUGCCAUUCUCCUUCGGACGCUAGGACUCGGGGCCAUCCCGCUCCACGGUCAGCUAAGUCAGUCAAAUCGACUGGGUGCCUUGAACAAGUUCAAGACAGGCAACAGGAACAUACUCGUGGCGACAGAUGUUGCUGCACGUGGCCUGGAUAUUCCAAAUGUGGAUAUUGUGGUAAACUACGACCUGCCUGGUGACAGCAAGACGUACGUUCACAGGGUCGGACGGACGGCGCGUGCGGGCAAGAGCGGCCGCGCUCUCAAUAUUGUGACACAGUAUGACGUCGAAGUGUUCCAGAGGAUCGAAUUCGCUCUCGGUGAUAAACAGAGCGAGUAUCCUACUGAAAGGGAAGAGGUGAUGGUCUUCAGGGCCCGUGUCGAGGAAGCGCAAAGGCAUGCCAGAAACGAGAUGAAGAACCUCCAUGCAGACAGAGACAGUGGCAGGAAGGGCGCCACGUUGAAGGGACGACACAGACCAACGGCAAGCGGAAAGGGUGGCGGCAAGAGGCGUCGCGACGACAUGGAUGCUGAAGAGGGCUGA